UCUCAUUCCCACUCAUUGUUAUCUGUUUUUCUUCUUAUUUGGAUAAUAAUGAUGAUAUUUGUUAUUAAAUACAUGAUAUCCUUGUUACUUUUCAUCAACUCUAUUAGAUUUAAAUAUAUGAAAAAGCGAUAAAAACCUGUUCUAUUUUCUAUAAUAAUUAAUAUUGUUUAAAUAUGUGACAUUAGAUUUGAUUGAUCUCGUGUUUUUACUCGAGGGAUCCAUUGAGUAGUAUGUGUUUGUGUGUGUGUAUGCUUAGAUAUUUUUCUUUCUGGAGUAAUUUUUUUUGUUGGUAACAACAAACAUUGACGAUGCCGACGACCCUGACGCAGAGCAAAACAAAAGAGCACACCGCUGCUACUGGCGAUUGUAUGUGUCUUCUCCUAGCUCAUCAUUCACAGAUAUACAUAAGACGACGAAGAUAUAUUAUAAGAAAAAAAGAAAAGAAAAGAAAAGAAUAAGAAGAAUAAGAAGAACAGGAAGAGGAAGAGGAAGAAUCUCUUACUAAAUGGCAACAACAGUAGAGUGAUGUUAUAUCCUUCCCCAUCAAUCGACCAUAUUUGACAAUGCUUUAGGGUAAGCUAUGAGGCCGAGCAGCCCGACAUAUGUAUCGACAUUUGGUAAUCUAUGAUGAUACAGAACGAACGACAAGAAAACUCUUUUCUUUCUUUUUCUUUUGCUUGAUUUCAUAUUGAUUGUACCGAUGAGGUUUCUCUCUUGUAUAUGUAUGUAUUGAUGUAACAACAGGCAGCAUAAUUAUUCCUAUCCUUUCCUUCUUGUCCUUUUUUUUUCUUCUCUUUUGAGUAAGAUUCACCAUCAAUGUAGUCUUCAUAUUUUAAUCUGAACAAGUAUUUAAUUAUUUUACAAUAAAAAUAAUUAUAUUUUUCUUAUUGUUUUAUUUAAUUAAAAUAAUUCUAUUAUAUUUUUAUUUAAAAGAUUCGUUUAUCGAAUGGUCAAUUAGAUAAUUUAUCAUACGAUCGACGUGAAAGAAUUUAUUCCGAUAGUUCAACUGAUGAUAUAAAUUUUAAUCGAACAAAUCCAUUAUAUCUUUCACGUUAUCGUAAUUCUUGUUGGUUUCGUUAUCGAACAUCAUCAUCAUCAUCAUCAUUUAAUGAAUAUAAUUCAUCGAAUUUAAAUGAUAAAAUUUCGUCAUUAAAUUCUACAACAGUAUACGAUCGUUUGAAACGUUUUACUGAACGAUUACUUGAAUUAGAACGUAAAGCACGUCAAACUGUUUUUGAAAAUAAAUGUGAUAAAAAAAUUUCAUCAAAAACGGAUAACUCAAUUGAAAAAAUCAAUCGAUCGUCAAAAAAAAACGACGAUCAAUUAACUUCAAAUAUUAAUCAACAAUGUUUUGAAAAAAAAUCUUUUCAUUUACGUAUACAAAAACCAUUGAAUAUAAAUUCGAAAGUUAAAAUUCGUCGUAUUAAAAGUUAUCCACAAUUAAAAAAAAAAUCAUCAAAUUAUUUUCCAUUACGUAAAAUAAAAACAAUGUCAGCUAUUAAAUUAUUAACAAUGGAAUCUCAACCUCAUUCAUCAUCUAUUUUACCAUUUCCAAUAACAAAAACAAAUAUUCUUCAAGAAAGAUCAACGCCUGUUGUUACAGAAAAACGAAUUUCAUUUGAAGUUAAUAGAGAUGGAUAUAAUAGAAAAGUUGAACUGAAAACAAAACAAGAAGAAACAAUAUGUACAACUAAAAAAGCUACAUCUCCUAUGUCACCAUCUAUAGUUACUCGAAUUAUUAAAACUGAACCACCAAUUUCACCAUCUUGUGUUACUGUAAAUCAACGAAGACCAUCUUCAACUUCAAAUAGUUCUGUACAAAGUGUUCGUGUCAGUGUCAGUUCAUCACCUCAUAGAAAAGAAUCAGACAAAUCAGUGAAAACAAAAUUUUCUUUUCCAUCUCCUACAAAAAUAACUUUAAAUGAAGGUAUUUCAUUAAAAGAUAAUUCUUAUUCAUUAGUAAUAUCAAAUUUUCUCUUAGAAAAUCUUGUUGAACCAUCAAAAUUAGAUGAAGAAGAAACAUUUGAUCGUCGACCUUUACUUGAUCUUAUUAGUGAAUUGAAUCGACGUCAUACAUUAAAUCAAUCAUCAUCAACAAUUCCUCCUCCUCCUCCUCCUAUUGAUAAUAAUGAUCAAUCAAUUAAAACAAGAACACUUUCGCCAUCACCAACAGAUAUUCGACCACCGAAACUUUUAAGUCCUUUUAGACCAGUUAUUGUUCAUAGAAAAUAUCAAGAACCAAUUGGUCGUUUUGAAUUUGUCGAUAGUAGUGGAAAUUCAAGUUUAUCAUCUGGUCGACGUAAUAGUCGAGUUUCAGUUAUACGUAGUCAUACAUUUAAUAAUCCAAAUAAUGUUAAUUCAAGUUCAAUGAAAAUAUCAUCAGAUGAAAUCAAAUCAAAUGAAAAUAUAACAUGUCAAUCAACACCUGAAUUAAGUUGUUCGAAUGAAAGAGAAAGAGACAGAAACCGGUCGGUAGUUAAUAUCGAAGAAGCUUGUGGAUUGUCAGCAAAUGGUACUAUACUAACUAGUACAUCACUCACAGGGUUGACUCCUACGUCUAGUGGAACAACCGACGACAAGAACGAGACAUCACAUUCAUCUCCCAUAAUCCGUGCAUCAACGCCUAUUCCUAAUGAUCAACCAUUAAUUUCAAAACUCGCAUUUUAUGCCGUUAGACGUCAUCAUUCAGAACCGCAACAAGAUGGUCGUUGGCAGCAGGCUAAACGAAAAGCUAUAGCUAUGCAAAUGUAUGAUACAGAAAAAUCUUAUGUUGAAGCACUCAAAAAUCUUGUUACGAAAUAUUAUUUACCAAUGAAAGAUAAAACAGUUAUUUCUAAUGAUCUUCUUAAUGAUAUUUUUUAUAAAAUACCUGAAAUUCAUAUUCAUCAUACGGCAUUUCUUAUUUCACUUUCACAAAAAUUAUCUGAAUGGGAUAAUAAACAAACUGUUGGUGAUCUUCUAUUACAAAUGUUUACUCGAACAUCAGUUAUUGAAACUUAUACAAGUUUUGUUAAUAAUUAUAAAACAGCCCAAAUAGCUAUUCGUCUUUGUCGUGAUUCAUCAUCAUUUAAUAAAUUUCUUGAACAUCAAGCACGUGAUCAUCGUGGUAAAUUAACAUUAAGAGAUUUAAUAAUUCAACCGGUGCAACGUAUUCCAAGAUAUGAAUUAUAUAUAAAAGAUUUUCUUAAAUGUACAAAUUUAAAUCAUCCGGAUUAUCAAUUAUUGCUUAAAGCACAAUCAGAAAUUCAUUCAUUAGCUGAACAAAUUGAUCAAGUACAAAAAGAUGUUGGUUCAACUGAAUUAACUGUUACAAAUAAUUCAUUAGAAGUUGUUCAAGAUAUGAUUGAAAAUUUAAAUGAUUUAGUCAAUGCUGAUCGUUAUUAUAUUCGUCAUGAUGUUGUUACAUUUCAAUCACCAUCAGGAUUAAAAAAAGAUCGAUAUAUCUUUUUAUUUAAUGAUUUAGUUAUUAUAACAAGUUGUAAACGAAGAAGUGGAACUUUAACUAAAAAACCAGCUACUUCAGUUAUUGUGAAUUCUCCAUCUGGGAAACAAUAUCUUGAUAAUGCAAAACAUAAAUUAAUUAUGAAGAUUUCAUUGGAAAGUAUUGAUUUAGCUGCAGAUCAUUUGAAAAAAAGAGCAACACCACCAUCAAUGAUAAAAUUUCAUUCAACGACAAGUACUAGUGGAGAUAAAUGUCGACAUUUAGAAGAUGAUGUUCUUACUCUUGGACAAAUGACCGAUUUAGCUAAAACGAUAACUGUGCCUCAUCAACAGUUAGAUGAGUCAAUAAAAGAAGUUCUUCAUACAGUUAAUAAACAUUUAACAGAUGAAACAACAUCAAUGACGAAUAUUAGAACAGCAAGUCCUGAACCAAUUACUCUUGAUCAUAAUCAACAAAAAUCAAAUAAUAUUCAAUUAACAAUUCAUACAACAGAACGUACAGAAACAAUUGAUGUUUUAUUUUCGUCAUCAGAACUUAAAGCAGCAUGGGAAAAGAGUUUUCUUGAAGCUAAGAAAGCUCUUUUCGAAGUUGCUGCUGGACGACGAAAUAUAAGUUUUCAAAAUGUUCUUACACUUCCACAUAGUCGACCUGGAAGUCAAUUUUUAUGUGGUACUCCUCGUUUAUCAUUAGGUGAUAUAUGUAUUUGUAAUUCGGAAGGUCAAGUAUGUUUAGUUAAUGUUCAAUCUGAUGUAACAUUAAAAGCAUGCAAUACAGUUAUAUCAUCACGCAUCAAUUGCGUUGCUUAUGUUCCAUCACAUAAAGGUCGACGAACAGGAAGUAGUAUUAAACAACAUCAACAUAAACAAAAACAACAAGAUGAUGAACGACAAGAAAAUAAACAUGGAUUUAUUGUUAAACAAGAACCUAUAUCAAUAUCAAAUAAUUCCGAUGUACAAACAACAGUUGAUUCAUUACUUGAUAUUGAUUCAAGUGAUGAUGAAGAUACAUUAACUACAAUUAAUAAUGAAGAUAUUUUUUCUUUGGAUCAAUCAGAUCAAACAAUAUCAUCACAGCAAUGUAUUUUAUUAGAAAGUGAUAUUAAUAAUGAACAACAAGAUACAAGAGAAGCUACAAUGUGGUUAGGAACUGAUGAUGGAAUAAUAUUAAUAUUUCAAUGUACAGAAACAAUGAAAACAGUUGCACGUAAAAGUCGUAUUGUAAAACAACUUGGUUCUGCAAUUCAUUCCAUCUUAUUUACUGACAAUAAAGUAUUUGUUGCAUUAAGUCAUGGUGAAUUAGGUGUUUUCCGUCGAGAUAUGAGUGGUCGUUGGGAAUUAGAUUGUCCAACAAUUCGAUCAGUUGAAGAAAGUUCUAUUCGACAUGGUAAUGGACACGGUGAAAUCGAUGAUGGAGAUAAUACUGAUCCAAUAUCUGUAAUGGCAUUAGCUGCUGGAAGAUUAUGGUGUGCCAUACGAGAUCGAAUCUAUGUUGUUUGUCCAAAUUCAUUAAAUGUUGAACAUUCAUUUCUUGUUGAUGAUUGUCAUCGUCAUGUAUGUAGUAUAGCCACAGGUGGCUCAUCAAUGCAUCAUGUAUGGAUAGCAUCACAAGGUUCACAUGAAAUUCGUUUAUAUCACGCAACACAUUUUGUUUGUUUACUUGAAAUAAGUAUAAGAACAGCAGUUACACAAAAACUACAAGUAUGUGAUGAUAUAAUUCGAGCUCAUAAAUUAGGUUGUUUACGUGUAAGUGCACUUCAUGUAUGUAAAGAAACAUUAUGGGUUGGAACAAGUGCUGGUGUUAUUAUAACUAUAACAGUACCACAAUUAAUUGAUUCCGGAAAUAAUAAAUUAACAGCAAGUUCACUUCAAUUAAAAGGUUUAUCAUUUGGUCAUGCUGGACCUGUUCGAUUUAUAAUAUCAACUGAUACAACUCUUGUUUCAACAUCAGAAGAAGCAACAAGUGUUAAAACAAUUGUACUUAGUAUUGGAGAUGGUUUUGAAGAUUAUACAAAUAAUGAUGAAACAUUGGGUAAAGAUGAUGCUCUUUCUCAUGUGAUAGUUUGGCAACUAUGA